AUGGAUGGGCAGCGUUGCCCGCGGGGUUUGGCAGAUAAGGAUGCAUGCCCUUUGGCUGUGUUCGCUUUGGCUGUUUUCUUUAAGACUCCUUUGACUAGCAUUGACCCGUUAAUUAAACAUGUGCAGACCUUCUUCGUGCAAUAUCUGCGGUAUGUGGUAUUACAGAUCCUCUAUAUUGUUCUAUUUCUAACUUGUGCAGGAAAACAAGCCUGGAUCGGCUGUGGCCUCCACGUCCCCAGCGCCAUGAGUUCCUUCCCAAAGUCUGAAUGGUGCACCUGCGAGGGCUCCACUAAUGAGUAUCCUCCAAGGGCAGGAACCGGUAAAGCCAGCUCUUGA